GUUGCGGUGGAAUGCUGUGCCGUCUAUUUUUCCACAUCGUGAACCACCCAGGCAACGAAAACCGCCUUUCACACGAAGACCUGUGUGUUCUAAGGUUCCAAAAGAUCACGAAGAAGUCCUUGCUUCUACAAUUGACAACAUGCAAGCACGCCAUGACGGGACAGCAUCCACAAAUGUUGAAAGUAUUUACUACACGGUUGUCACGUUGCAUGAACUCAUGUCGCCCUCUCUUUUGAAGUGUAUGCCGUCUAUCAAUUCAGACUUGUAUGAAUCACAUGUUGGCAUGGGCUUCUUUUGUUAAUUUGUGCUUCUUUCAGAUACACCUUCUGAAACCCACCAAAAUGAGCCUGCGUCAACCCAGAUAAGUUGCUCGCAUGAGGACGGAAGCUCAACUGACCUGUCUGUGAGUACGACUCCAGAUGCAGCAGAGGUGCACCACGACCACAGUAUUUCAGCAGACCAGAUUCCUUGCCAGUCAGUGCCAUCAGAAGCUGAGACAAUAGAUCUACUAACUGCACGCGUUGCUGUCCUGGAAAGACAUGUCAACCUGCAGAGGUAAAGGCUACAAAGAGCUGCCAGAGAAAGCCAGAGACUGAAAGCGUCCUUCCGAAGCAUAUUAUCGGCAGACCAAAUUCGGGCCCUUGAAAGAGGUACAACCAAGGGCUCAGCAUGGUCACGAGCCACAUUUCUCAAGGCACUGAGACUCUGGGUAGCAUGUGGUAGUAGAGGCUACAAGUACGUUCGCAACAACUGCAAAAUUCCCCUUCCUGCAGAAAGGACGCUACAGAGAGGCAUUGAAAACCUCAAGUUUUCCCCAGGUAUCCUGAUAGGGAUUAUGUCAGCCAUGGCUGCUCGAGUCUCCUCACUCCAUCCUGAUGAGCGUCACGCAGUGUUGAUGAUUGAUGAAGUUCAAAUAACGCCAGGCCUAGACUAUGACAGCAGCACCUCGUCUGUAAUAGAAAUAAGUUGGCAAGUCUAGUUCCAUAUGCUUGAAGUGGAUGCAAUACUCAUGAACAAGUGGUAAUGCUCAUAUUUGGUUUUCAGGCUACCCCACACUGUCUUCCGCAUGCCCUAUAGUCAGCAGCAGCCUCGCUACACACGCCCUCGUAUUCAUGCUACGUGGAGUAACUUCAAAAUGGAAGCAGACCGUGGCCUACAAUUUCACCGGUGACUCUUUCGAUCCUGCUACUGUGAGAGACACCAUGUUUGAGAUCAUCCGGUUAAGCGAGUCCAUCGGCAUUAGAGUUGACGCAGUCAUCAGUGACAUGGGCGGUGAAAACCGAGCAUUUUGGAGGCUGCGCAGUAUUGUGGCAUCCAAAUACGGGAACCCCAACACUUCUUGCCUCCACCCAUGUGAUAAAGGAAGGCGCCUGUACUUCAUUUCUGACCCCCCUCAUCUCCUCAAGAACUUGCGUGGGCACAUGGUUCGGAGGCAAUCAUUCAUCAUCAACGAGGCCACCGUGAAGAAGUACAAUCUCCCAAGUAAUAAGGUAUCCAUCGAUCAUGUGGAACAGCUCUGCAAGCUGGACGCAGAAAAUGAUCUCAAACUUGUGCCACACCUCCAACUGAACGACCUAAAUCCCAAUCACUACGACAAGAUGAAGGUUGGGCCUGCGUAUGCCUUAUUUAAUCAUGCUGUCAGUGCUGCUCUUAGGAUGCUGGUGCAACAGGGAAAGAAAGAGGAGCCCUCACCACGGCAUGGUUUCUCGACCAAGUGUUUAGGUGGUUUAGUCUAAUGACAUCCCGGUCAGUGGGUUGUGCACUGAGCAAUCUAAAAGAAAAUGCCGCUGCAGAGGCUCGUUGUUUCGUUCAGGACUUUAUCACGAUUGUGACAGGGAUGAUUGUAACCUCUGGAACACGAAACGAUGGUCCGUGGAAACCGGUGCAGACAGGAAUAAUCCUGUCAACGACGUCUGCCUUGUGCCUGAGAGAAUACUAUCUGAACGAACUCAAGUUCAAGUUUAUCCUGUUGAGCCGCUUCACACAGGAUGCUCUGGAAAAUCUCUUCAGUAUGGUGCGAAGCAAGAACCCAAUUCCCCGUGCAAGAGAGUUUAAGAUGACCCUCAGAAUGAUCGUGCUGAGCCAGUUUUUUCAGGAAACCAAAAAGUGCUCAUACGAAACUGAUGAGUGUGAAGAGCUGUUGGACAUUCUCCCUACAAAGAAGGUGGAUUCUUCACCCCCAGACAGCAAUCUGGUCGUGGACCGUGUAGAAAUUGACCUUUCAGAGGAGGAACAGCAGAGUUUGCAUUACUUAACUGGUUAUGUAAUCAGCAACGUGGUCAGAAAGUACACGUUGUGUCAACACUGCAAGGAUACACUCCGGGGCGACAGAAAUGCAGCACAUGCUGAUUUUACUGCGCUGAAGCUCUAUAGUGCACGGAAAGACAAGACGGCACUGUGGUUUCCAUCAUCAAGUGCACUUGCGCUGACACAGACAGCUGACACAGACAGCGGCGUGUUCCGCCGAAACGAGGACAAGAUGGUAACAUCAGCGUGUUCAGUGAGAGACAUAAAGGACAUUGUGUGCAAGACGACCUACUACACCACCCUGCCAGAGUGUCACAACGUUGCUGACAAAAUCUUGGAGAACUUCCUCUUGUGUCGGUUACGUUUUGCACUGAAAAAGGCUGCAUCAUCCAUGCUGAGCAGAAUGCCAACUCCCAAAAGAUGUGGGUCAAAGAGUAUUGUCAUGCGUGCUGCUGUGAAUUCUGUUAUGUAGUACCCCCAAUUCCAACUUCGUGUCAUACCCCAAUGAAAGCAACCUUUCUUUCUCAAUUUAAUUAUGAUUUAUGAUUUGCAAGUUCAAUAAAAAUCAUUUAUCUUCA